AUGAUCCAUAUUGACAACGACCAACUGCCGAGCAGUCCGCCAAAGAAACGCAAACUGAAGCACCCCCGCACUGCACGAGCUUGUGCCUUUUGUAGAAGGCGUAAGGUCCGAUGUACGGGCACUCAGCCUUGCGACUACUGCCAAAAUGAAGGCGUCCGAUGCGAGUACAGCGAUGGCCUGGUACGGUCCAGUCCGGCGACGCCCAGGCAGAGUUCUCAGUCGGAGUCGCAGUCUCUCACAGUGUCAGGUCACUCUUCAACCAGAACUGGCCAUCAUGCAGCCGUGGUAGACCGUCCUGGAUAUGAGGUGUCGAACGUCCCGCCGCCGUCGAAGUCGGUUUCUUUGGAUCCUCCACAGACAUUCGCCCAGGGCCAGCACAUCGGCCCUUCUGCGGGAGUUUCGUUCCUCUACCAUAUCUGGAACCGGUCUGGCACCGCCGAAGAAGAGGUGUCCUUGCCGACAGCGCCGUUGACUUGCCAUGGUGACGCGCCUCAGCCGCCCAUCAACAUGAACCAGCCUUUACCCACGCGAGAGGAAGCCAUCACUCUGGUGGAACGGUAUUUCCAAUUUGCCGUACCCACGUACCGAUUCCUCCUCCGGCCGUCGACGGAAAGAUGGAUCUCUCAACUUCUCGACGGGGCUCAGCUGUCCAAAGCCGAGACCGCCUGUGCGUUGAUAGUAUGUUCCCAGGCACUUCUUUAUACCACAGUCGGCGACAGAUACCAAAACGGAGGAGAUGAAGGGCUCAAUCGAAGCCGAGCGUACUUUGACAAAGCCAAAUCUCUACUCAACCAAGAGCCUGGUCCGGCUACUCUGGUCAGCGUUCAAGCACGUUUAGCAAUGUGUCUAUACCUCUUGGGUACCUUCCGCAUCAACGAGUGUCGUUUCUCCUUUAGUUUCGUGUGCACGGUUCUGAUCUCGAUCGGACUCCAACGGAAACCCCUUCCAUCCUCCAAAUUCGACCUGGUGACAUUGGAGUCUCGUAAACGCACGUUUUGGUCCGCUUACGUCCUCGAUGGCUAUCUGAGUGUCUUCCUCGGCCAACCACGGCUCCUUCACGACGCGGAUAUCGACCAAGAGUAUCCCCGCAACAUCGACGAUAACGACCUGCUACCCUCGGAAUCGCUUGACGAUCUCCCACUCCAUGGCAACUUGGAGGCCUUCAUUGCGCAUGCUGAAUUAUCCAAACUGAUGGGUCGCAACAACCAACUCCUCUACCCCCUCCAACCCCUCACGGAAGAAGAUGUGCUGGCGCGCACAUAUCAGAUGCUCAGUGCUCUUGACGCCUGGAGGGAUUCGUUGCCCGAGUUCCUGAAGCCUCGCGACAAGACACUCACAGGACAAAGGACAUUCGAGAGGCAAAACACCACGCUCAAAUUGGCCUAUGCCCACUUGCGCAUCCUAGUCACUCGGCGCUGUCUCCUGGCGGACUUUAGUCACCUCGGUCGACGUGGGCCGUCCGAGGGCCAUCGUGCGCUGAAGCCGAUCGAAGAAUGCAUCGCCGCGGUAUGUACGAUUCUGGAUACCAUCCCUGUAUUGAAUGAGAAGGGCACUAUAUACCAAGCAUUCUGGUUUCAGUCUUACGUGGCCCUCGUGGGAAUAUCUACGUUGUACGUCUUCCUGAUCCAGAGAAGCCGGUCCAGAUACUUGGAGCAAGCCUUUGACCGCGUCGACAUCUACCUUGACAAGGCGAGGUAUUGUCAGGACUUUCUGGCCAAGUUGGCACCAGAAGGUAGUCAAUCCAGACGGCAUCAUGAAUUGUUGAACCGGUUGAGGGAUCGAGCUGUGAAAGAUGCGACUAGGGCGAAGAAGGCUGUUGCAGCAGAUGGCGAUAAUCUAGCGAAUGCAUUGAGAAACACUGUAGACACGGAGACGCCGGAGCAGCAGGUGUCAGUGUCGACGGAUCAGGCUGUGCGUGGCGGUAUAAGUGACUUGAUCCAUCCGCUGAACUCUGAGAAGGUCGGACAAGCGACGGGUGCUGGUGGGUACGACGGCACCAUGGAUGCCGUGAUCGGCCAGUUCACUCCCGCCGAAGACGACUUUAUGUUCCAAGAUCUAAAUGGCUGGGGAUGGGAGAGCCUUGACACGGGUGGGUUCUUUGGUGAUGGAGACUCGUUCAGCAUUUAG